GCCUUUGCACACUUCCAUCCUGAGGGAAAGUCAACGAAGAAAGAGUAUCAUUGUGGACUGGACUCGAACAUGGAAUCUUCAUCCAACCAAAUGGAACAUCAACAAAACGCUAAUGUUCCUCAACCACGAUAUCCGCUUGGCAUUCCCAGCAAGUUCGACAUCGACGGCAAAGUGCAACCCUUCCCUGGCAACACAAUCAUCUCUCACCUUUCUCCAUCCAGCGACCUAUACGCGUCCCUCCUCUCUCUCUAUGAAAAGCUGCGCCAAAGUCCCCUCUCAUCCCUUUUUGCUUUACUCCCACCCUCGAGUUGGCAUAUGACAGUCUUCGAAGGCGUCUGCGACCAAAUCCGCAAGCCAGGUUUCUGGCCCAGUGACCUGGCUGCGGACGCCCACUUAGAAGAAUGUGACGCUACAUUUACAGAAAAGCUCGCCUUGUUCGAUCUGCAAUGCAACCCACCAUACCGAAUGUCCAUCACAGGCUUUGAGCCGCUUGAAGUCGGAAUCGGACUACACGUGGAGCCUAGCACUUCGGAUGAGGCAGCAAGGUUGCGACAGCUGCGUGAUAGGCUCGCUGAUUUACUUCAGAUCCGCCAUCCUGGCCAUGAUUCCUAUAGUCUGCAUUUGAGUAUGGCGUACUUGGUGCGACAUCUGACAGAAAGGCAGAAGAGCGAGCUGUUGGCGCUUCUUAACGGGCAUUUCCAAAAUUUUCCGGUUGAGUUUGAGCUUGGCCCUCCAGAAUUUUGUAGGUUUGAGGAUAUGUUUGCGUUCCAGCGUCAGUUUUACUUGAAGGAUCAGGAAAAGAAAGAUAUAUGAUAUGAUAACUGCUGAAUUUGGUCGUUAAAGUCUGUGAGACCUACUCCAAAAACGCCACUACAGAUUUCUAGGACCGAUUUUAUGUUGGUG